AUGAAACUGUUAGACCAAUUUGGCUUGGAAGGUUUGAGUUCGCAAUUAAGUAACGGUAGUAAAAGAUAUAAAAUUGAUGCCAGGCUAGAAAGCUAUUCAUGCAAAAUGGUUUCAGAAGAGAAACGUCAAUAUAAGGAAUUAGUUUCUCGUUUAAAUAGUGAUGAAAAUCAAGAAUCUCCUGCCCUUUACCUUGGGUCCUCGCAAACUCUACGGGAUUUGUAUGAAAUGACUGGACAAGUGGUCGAUCCCGAAACAAUUCGGAUGAGUAUCAUCCAGGAUCAGUCACCACCGAAUUCUUCCAGCCUCUCCCCUCCCAGAAAUGUAUGCAGCGGAAGAAAACGUACUCGAUCCGAAACAUCUAUAUGUUUGAAUGAUAGUACUUCAGAAUCACCGUCUCCAAAGUUUCCAACCUCAGCUCUAUCAACCAAAGAUUUGUUCUGUUUAAUGAGUACAUUAAAUAGUUGUUUUGGCCCUGCCUAUGAUUUCCUUACUGCUAGAAGUGAUGAAUUUUGUUUGGAACCUGAACUAUGGCUUGUAAAACACUACAUUUCUCGGUUCUGUUCCAUUUAUGUGGAUAAAUACGAAGAUCUAGCACCUCAUCUUUGGAAAGUCAUCGGUGAUGAAAUUGUGCCUGCUCAAUGUCGCAUAUAUAGUUAUCGUCCUGAUCAUCUAUCCGAUCCAUACAGCUCAGGAUGUUUAGCAUCUUUCAAUUAUUUUUUUCAUAAUCGAUGCUUACGUCGUGUAUUAUUCUUUUCUCUUCGUGUAUUAAAUGAUUCACUCGUAGAUGAUGAUGAAGAUGAACUAACUGAAUCCAAUUUAUACUAA